GGGAGUUUUUGAGAGUCACGUUUAAGGGUGGGAUCAGCGAUGAUGCAAUCAUGUCUUUGUGUGAGUGUUAUAGCGAUCUCCAGUACAAAGCAACAGCCCGUUAGUUGACGUUCGAGGCGAACAGCUCUUCAGGAAAGUUUUCCACCUUCAUCUGAUAAAAUGAAUGGCAUAGAAACUGAAGAAUUGCUCACAUGUCUCCAUGUGAACCUCUUCCACCCUGAUCAAGCCUCCCAUCCUUUGUUUCACAGCCUGCCCCUAAAUAACCCACACACUAUGGAUGCUGAAGAUCCCUUAAGACUUGGUCGUGACGGACAGGCCUGUACGUUUGUCCUAAAUGACACAUGUGUUUCUAGAAAACAGCUCUCAAUACAGGCAUAUAAGAAAGCCGGCAGCACCUGUUUGAGCUUUUUUAUCCAGAACAUGAGCCAGAAGGGUAAACUUGUGGUUGGUGGGUCUGAACUGAGAUACCUUGAAAGAGCUGAACUUGAUGACAAGGUUCUUCUCCGGUUUGGGAGAUAUGAACUGUUGAUUUUCCAGGAGCUAGGAGAGUCACAGACUAAAUUUGAUGUGCUGUUUCAAACAUGCAAUACACCCCCCUCACAGGAAAUGGGUGUAGAUGUGCCUUGCAGGCAACCCAUUAUGGUUAGUAGUGGGCUAUGGAGAAAUUUUCAAAAUGGAGAACCUACAAGCCAAGAUCCACUGGAGUCAGAUGAGACAAUACUAGUAUAGUUGGUCUCCUGCUGCACUGGUUGAUAAAGAUUAAGGCUGGAGUUAGAGUAUGAACAAUGAUUAGAGUAUGAAACCUUUAUCUGUCUUUUAACAAAUUAAGAAAAGACAUUCUAGAUUUUACAUACAUUUGUUCAUUAUUAAUAACAUUAAUAUUAUUAAAACAAUAGCAAUAGAAGUAAUAGAAGUGUUAUCUAAGAAUCUAUAGAAUCUAUAUCUAAACUUUAGUUUAUGCUUUAGGUGUACAUUGCAUGCAUUGUUGUUUUCUUUUGUUAUGUCACUAUACUUGUUUUCUUGAAUAUUGAAUAUUUCUCUCACAAAUGCUCAGAUGAAAAUGAGCACUUUUCGUUAUUGCACGUGUUGAUCACAUCAGUGUGUUUUGUUUGUGUUUUGUAUUAUGUAGACUGUUACAUGAUGAAAUGUGAAUCCCAAGCUUUUUAAAAAUGUUACAUUAAUUCUGUGAUUAAACAGUUCUUUUGUUUUUAUUUAAAUAUAUUUUUUAACAUUAUUGGUAUAAUGUAACAAAACUUUAACCUUAUAACAAUCUAUGAUAAAUAAAAAUGGAAGAGAUGUUAUCUAUUAUAGUA